CCUGUGGGAGAUGGACAGCGCUGGGGAUGUCAACGCCACAAACGGCACGUCCGGUUCACCAAAGGUGGCGAUGGACGCUGAGAUGGUGGUGGUGGUGGUCUUCCUGACCUGCCUGACCUUCGUCACUGUACUCCUGAACGGGGCUGUCAUCACCGCCAUCUGCACCACCAAGAAGCUCCACCUGCCCGCCAACUACCUGAUCUGCUCGCUGGCUGCCACCGACCUGCUGGUGGCCGUGUUGGUGAUGCCGCUGAGCGUGCUCUCCAUUGCCGCCGAGGUGUGGCCACUGGGCCGCACGGCCUGCGACGCCUGGCUGAGCCUGGACAUGACCUGCUGCACCUGCUCCAUCCUGCACCUGUGCGCCAUUGCGCUCGACCGCUACUGGGCCAUCACCAACGCCAUCGAGUACGCCUGCAAGCGGACGCCGCGGCGCGCGGGGGUCAUGGUGGCUGUGGUGUGGGCCAUCUCCGCCCUCAUCUCCGUCCCGCCCCUCUUCUGGCGCCGCAGCGGCGACCGCCCCCACGACCCCACCCUCUGCCUCAUCCAGCACGACCACGUGGGGUACACCCUCUACUCCACGUUCGGGGCCUUCUACGCCCCAAUGGCGCUCAUCCUCGUGCUGUACUGCCGGAUAUACAGCGCCGCCAAGGCACUGUACCAGAAGCGCGGCUCCAUGCGGCGCAUGGGUCCCCGGGGCCCCGGCAGCCAGAGCUCGCUCGGACACUGCCGUACGGCACACGCCUUCUGCGUGUCCGAGAUCUCCACGUCCGAUCCCGCGCCAGAGCUCGACCGGCUCGGCGCCGUCUCCGGGGGCGCCCUACCCGCGGAGGCGGGGCUGGACGGGGACGGCGAGAGGAGCCGGAUCUGCCUGUCACGGGAGAGGAAAGCGGCCCGGAUCCUAGGGCUCAUCCUGGGCGCCUUUGUGCUCUGCUGGCUGCCCUUCUUCCUCAAGGAGCUGCUGGUGGGGCUGCGCCUCAUGGACGAGUCCCCGCUGGUUUCCAACACCCUCACCUGGCUCGGCUACAUCAACUCGCUCGUCAACCCGCUGCUCUACACCAGCUUCAACGAGGACUUCAAGCAGGCCUUCAGACGCUUUCUGAGAUGCAAAGGGCGAGUGUAGCGCUGCCCCUCUAAGGGUUGACUAGUAGCUGGUCAGGACACACAGCAAUGAGGCGUGCAGCGCAUAGACACAUUCCAUCCAAUGUUUCCA